AUGGUGUGUGCCUCAAGUGGGGGCGUGGCUCUGCCUGAGGGGCGGAGCCUGGGUGAGUUGGGGACCCCCGGGUGGGCGGGCCUGGAAACUGACCUGUGCCCCCGCCCGGCCCCCAGGCGCAUAGUGGACCGCAUGGACCGCGCGGGGGAUGGGGACAGCUGGGUGUCGCUGGCCGAGCUCCGCUCGUGGAUCGCGCACACGCAGCAACGGCACAUACAGGACUCGGUGAGCGCGGCCUGGAACACGUACGACACGGACGGCGACGGGCGCGUGGGUUGGGAGGAGCUGCGCAACGCCACCUAUGGCUACUACGCGCCGGGUGAGGAGUUUCACGACGUGGAGGACGCAGAGACCUACAAGAGGAUGCUGGCCCGGGACGAGCGACGCUUCCGGGUGGCUGACCAGGAUGGGGACUUGAUGGCCACUCGGGAGGAGUUGACAGCCUACUUGCACCCGGAGGAGUUCCCUCACAUGCGGGACAUUGUGGUUGCCGAAACCCUGGAGGACCUGGACAAGAACAAGGAUGGCUACAUCCAAGUGGACGAGUAUAUCGCGGACCUGUACUCCCCCGAGCCCGGCGAGGAGGAGCCCGCCUGGGUGCAGACGGAGAGGGAGCAGUUCCGGGACUUCCGCGACCUGAACAAGGACGGGCGGCUGGACGCCAGCGAGGUCGGCCACUGGGUGCUGCCGCCGGCCCAGGACCAGCCGCUCGUGGAGGCCAACCACCUGCUGCAGGAGAGUGACACGGACAAGGACGGGCGUCUGAGUAAGGCUGAGAUCUUGGGCAACUGGAACAUGUUCGUGGGCAGCCAGGCCACCAAUUACGGCGAGGACCUGACACGUCACCACGAUGAGCUCUGAGCCCCUGGGUGCCCACCACAGACUCGUGCCCCAUGGGAUGACCUGAGGAGGGGCCCCAGCGGCCAGGCCCCCCUCGCCAUGUUCAGCCCUGCAGGAUGCAGACGCAGCCCAUGGUGUCCCCCUGCCCUGGGCUCUCCGGACCCACCUGGUCAAGUUCUCUCCCGAGACACCUCAGCCCCUCUCAGCCCUCGCCACCCCACCCCAGGGGCUCCCGCAGACCUGAAGAGUGAGGGGCCACCCACUUCUCGCUGGCAGAAUCUCUCGGCCCAGUCCACGGCCCCCCCACCAAGCUCAGCCUCCACGAGCCUCCACUGACCGCACAGCUCCAAACCUGAGCCUUGAAUCAGACAGGAAACACUCCAUGUGGGCCUCAGCCCUGCACUUGCCCACAGGCUCUGCCCCCAGGACACCUCCUCUCUGCCAGGGAGGCAAUAAAAUCCAGUGCUGGGGCCUCA